ACCAGUAUAAAAACCCGGUUUCAGUUCCUCUGAGAUUCAAAACCCUCAUUUCCUGAUCCCUUCUCUUUCCUCAACCUCGCUUCCAUUUCCGCUCACUCUGUUCGUUUCAGACUCAUUUUGGGGACGUCCGCACUUGGCAUUCUCUCGAGUUCUUCAGGUCAGGUGGAAUUGAUUUUUUAGAGAGAUCAUGGUGAAAGUCAAAAGGGAACAAAUACACGAGGCUGUUGUGCAUUCAGACAGGAAAUUUGGGGUUGAGUCGUGGCCAUUAUCUGAAGGCAAUUGUGACGCUCCUGUUUCGGAGCCAAGCCCUUUUAGUUGGAGAACGAGUGGUCCAACCAGGCGAUCAUCAAGAUGCUGGACAGAGAAAGAGGAUAAACUUCUGGUAGAGCUGGUCAGAAAGUUUGACGGGAGUAAUUGGAAGCAAAUAGCUGCGGGUAUCCCUGGCCGUUCAGAUGUUCAGUGCUUGCAUCGCUGGCAAAAAGUUUUGAAUCCUGAAAUCAUCAAGGGAUACUGGACAAAGGAGGAAGAUGAUUGUAUAAUCAAGCUAGUUGAAAAAUAUGGUGCUAGAAGAUGGUCUGUCAUAGCAAAGUUUUUACCAGGUCGAAUAGGCAAGCAAUGCAGAGAAAGGUGGUACAAUCAUUUAAGCCCGGCUAUAAACAAAGAUGCAUGGACAGAGGAAGAGGAAAGAAUUCUUGCUUUCUACCACCAACAGUAUGGUAACAAGUGGGCAGAAAUAGCAAGGUUUCUACCUGGAAGGACUGACAAUGCAAUUAAAAAUUACUGGAACGGCGCAUUCAAGAGGAAAGAAAAUUCAUGCUCUCCUAAUGGUAAUGAGUGGGACAUGCAUCCUGAUAUCUGUAUUGAUGCACUAAGAUCAGAUCUUGUAGGGGUUAAAGCAGUCAGUCAGAAGUUUGAUAAUGCUUGUUCUACAGAGUUGACUCUCGGAACGUCAUAUGGUUUUGAAGGAAAAUCUCUGAAAUCACAGAUAUGCGGGUCUUCAAGAAGAGGGUCAAGUGGUUUAAUCACUUUGCACACCACGGUACAGUCUGAUGACAGCAAUGUUGCUACUCCUCUUGGGGUCAAAAGUGGAUCUUGCAACCAAAUUGCUGAUCAUACAGGCAAAUACCGCCCCUUUGCACACUCUCCAUUGGUUUUCAUGGAUUCAUCCACUUCCACCAACUCAAACUGUACUCCUCCAAAGAUUCCACUUUGCUAUUCAACUCCACCCAACAGUGUGCAGAAUGUCUAUGCUAGCAGCACCAGUCCAAAAUCUAGAUUGAAGAGCUUAGCAAGGACUUUCAAAAAUACUCCUUCCAUCAUAAGAAAGAGAGCUUCCAGAACCGCAGAUCAUGCCAACUUUUCUGGUGCCAGCUGCUCAACUGCAUUGAACAUCCUGAGUCUUGAUGAAGCAGCUUUCAAUAGCAGAGACUCCAACUCUUCAGACUAUGUCAGAGGUUUAUCUUCAAUGCGGCAUAGACCCGAAACUUCAGAUGCUUAUAAAUCUCUUGGGAGGUGCCUGGAACAUGAAUUUGACGAUGAAAAUGACUCGGGUAUCGCUAACUGUGGCAAAGUAGUCUCUGCAUAUGUUGGUGUAUAACCUGCAAGUCUCUGAAUGGUGCAUAACCUGUAAGUCUCUGAUGAAGGAGCCAACUUUCAGAAGUCUCAACAGAAUCAUAUCUGAUUACGAAGUGUUACAUAUAGUGUUCUUUCUGCUCUAUUAUGCAGACUUGGAGUACAAUUUCCGUUGUUCAACUUUUUGCCCCCAAAAUAGGUAACCUGUAGUAUAGUGUGCUUUUCAUUAUAGGAAGAAAGCUUAAAAAGCUUGGUGCAAAUUGCUAGUGUAUCGCAUCUUUUUUCUUGAAAUGCUCAACAGAACUAUUCUCUUUACUUCAUGACAAACUUACUGACUAGUUGUUAAACCUUUCCCCGUUAAACAUCGGUACCUAUAAAGGACCACCAUGGCCUCCU